AUGGAUGCCUUCUCGGGUUAUAACCAGAUCGCCAUGGAACCUUCCGAUCAAGAGCACACAUCUUUCACCACCGACAAGGGUUUGUAUUGUUACAAGGUAAUGUCAUUUGGUCUAAAGAACACCGGGGCCACAUACCAGAGACUAGUCAACGCCAUGUUCGUAGAUCAUAUCGGGAAAAUAAUGGAGGUUUAUGUAGACGACUUGCUUGUCAAGAGCAUCACCAUGGAAGACCACAUCAAGAACCUGGGUAUUGUCUUCGACAUCUUACUCCAGUACGGUAUGCGACUCAACCCAGACAAGUGCGUAUUUGGCGUACUUGGUGGAAAAUUCCUGGGCUUUGUAGUCAGCGAAAGGGGCAUAGAAGCAAAUCCUGAAAAGGUUCAGGCCAUCCUCGACAUGGCACAGCCAAAGACAAGGAAUAAGGGACUCGAGCAUGACAAGGCUUUCCAGGGUAUCCGAGACUACCUGGCAUCAGUGUCCACUCUUUACAAACCCAUCCCCGGGGAAGUCCUGUACAUCUAUCUCGCAGUAUCGGUUACAGCGAUCAGCGCUGCCCCGGUCAGACGCGAGAACACUGAUGAACUGCCAGUCUAUUACACCGGUAAGGGGUUCAACGACACCAAAUCCAUGUACUCCGAUAUUGAAAAUUUUGCCCUCGCACUCCUCAAAGCCUCCCGGCGACUACGACAAUAUUUCCAAGCUCACACUAUACAUGUCUUGACCAACCAGCCUUUGAAGCAGGUCCUCCAAAAACCAGUAUCCUUGGGCAGGUUAGUAAAGUGGUCUAUCGAUCUCGGCGAGUUCGACAUUUAUUACACGUCGCGCACGACUAUCAAAGGACAAGCUGCCGUAGAUUUCAUUACAGAAUUCAUACCUCAAGAAGAUGACGAGCCCUCAAACAAGUCUGUGUCGGAACCCAACACCACUCCGACAUGGACUCUCCAUGUCGACGGAUCUUCCAAUAGUAAACUCAGUGGAGCAGGAGUGGUCUUGACUGACCCAGAGGGACACGCAUACGAGUAUGCACUACAAUUCAAUUUCAAGGCCUCGAACAACGCAGUUGAGUACGAGGCACUCAUAGCUGGCAUCCAGUUGGCAAAAGAAUUGGGAGUCACGAGCCUGGAAAUCUUUAGCGAUUCCCAACUUGUCGUAAACCAGGUCGGCGGCGACUUCCAGGCCAAGGAACCACAUCUAUCUCAUUACCAAUCACUCACCAAGGCCCUACUCCAACAAUGCCUCACCAGCUACACCAUCGCCCUUAUUGCCAGAGCACAGAAUACCAAGACAGAUGCUGUCGCCCGGUUGGCGACAUCGCCGCCAAACACCGACAUCAGAAGCCUUAAGAUGGAAGUCCUAGAAAAGCCGAGUAUCGACAAGCCAUUCUCGGAAAUAUUCCUUACGGAGAGCCAGCGCCCACCCUCAUGGAUGGACCUAUUCAUUGAUUGUCUCUCCAAGGGUAUCGAGCCAUCGGACAGGGCCAUCACCACCAGACUCCGCAGAAGAGCAACACUAUACACUAUCCGCUACGCCUCCCCCGCACACCCACAGACAAAUGGCCAAGUCGAAGCAGUCAACAAGAUCAUCAAGCAGAACUUGAAAAAGAGGCUAGACGAUGCCAAGGGCUUAUGGGUAGAGAAAUUACCUGAAGUCCUGUGGGCAAUCAGAACGACCCCCACAGAGGCCAAUGGCGAGACCCCUUUCUGCAUGUCAUUUGGCACUGAGGCAGUGAUCCCGGUCGAGCAGGAGGUGCAAAGCGAUAGAGUGGCAUGCUUCAACGCACUCACUAACUCGGAAGGGUUGAAGCUCGACUUUGACCUCUUGGAAGAGCGCUGCGAGCGAGCCCACCUCCACAAUAUCAAUAACAAGCAGCGUAUCGCCCGAUACUACAACGCAAGGGUCAUGCCUCGCCUCCUCUCUGUCGAGGAUUGGGUGAUGAAGGAAAAGAUGCCACCUCCAACAGGACUGAAAGCCAAAUGGCAAGGGUCGUACGAGAUCACGGAGGCCGUCGGACCCGCUACCUUCUAUCUGAGAGGUACAGAUGGUAUUACUCUCCCACAUCCAUGGAACGCCCAACACCUCCGCUACUAUCCCAGGUAG